UGAGCCACCGCCAAAAUCACCUGUUGAAAUUUUUUUGUAACUUGGAAAUAUUGCAUUUAGAGUUAUAUUUAUAGUUUUUACUUUGUUCUUAUGCUUGUGUUUAAGUUGUAUUCAGCCACUUUGAUAUCGGGUAAAGUAUUUUAUGUAAUUAGUUCAAUCUGUUUACUUAUUUACUAAUAUGUACCUACCUUUGUGAAUUGUGCAACUUUGUUAUACCAGGUAUUUUCCAUCUUAACUUGUGCUAAUAUGUAAUUUUGAAGAUGCUAAUUGUUAACUAAUGCCGCAUGUGCUUGUGGGAAGCCUCGAUGUCUCAGAUUUAAUUCAAUUACACAUUGCACAUUGUGUAAAACUUUGACUUUCGUGAAGCAGGGCAUGCCAUGCUUUGUGUACUUAGUUUAGGGUGAUUUGUAGCACUGUGCCUUGUUGUACGUAAUCUUCCUACUGUGAGAAGGAGCUCACGCCAGAAUAGAAAUGUAUUCUAGAGCUAAGGCACAAAAGGACCCGAGGGCCCUCGAACCUUCAACUUUAGGGGCGUAGCAUCCGCAACCAGGAUCGCCUUAUCCAUGAGCUGCGACCCAUCUAACCCUCUUCGAUUUCGUGUCGUCACGUGACCAAUGUCAGGGGAGUGUUACGAGGCACAGGUGGUAGUUACGGAGGUCUGACCUUUAUACCAAUGUCAUUUUGUGGAAACUAAAAUAAAAAAAUUGGGGGCUCCACGAGCACACUGUGUAUUAUCGUAACUACCGAUUGUUACGUCACAACAUGAAUAAUAGAUCAGACAUGUUUUUACAAACUUCACAUCACUCUAUUCAAUAUAUAAUGAUAUGAGUAACUAGUAAGGUGACUUAUAUCAAUAAAUGCAUGAAUGUGUUGGCUCUAACAAUCUUAACUGCGCUACGGGUUAAUAGGUAAACAUGCCAGGAUAGUAGUGAUGAGUCGCACGUGAGCGAGUCGUUCAAAAAGAGUGGCACAGUUGAGUGUGCUGCGAACGAACGACUCUAAAAAAAAGAGCUACCAGCUCACCAGCACAUUUUGGUGUUGCUGUUGGUAAUCGUGUUAUUAUACGUUUGAGCUAUGAGUGCAUUGUGCAAGCACAUUAGCACACUGCACAGUUCGUUCCUUGUCAUUCAGCAGAUUACACUUCGUGCAGCUACAGACGCGCACAAUUCGUACGCACACUGACAGGAACAUCGCUCAUCAGCAUUCAUUGCAUCAAUUAAAUCAAAAGAUUUUUCUUUCUUUGCUUUCAUCACACGUGCCUGACGAGUAGGUGCCUAUUUAAUACCUACAGGCCCUACAGCUAAUCCAAAUCUGCAUAAAGCAAUAAUAGCAAAACAAAGUGAGCGAGAAAAUGUAAUUAAUGUCGUUUUGUUGUUAUAAUCACCCGAAAUUUAGAUUGAUUAGCGACUUCAAUUCUUUGUAUAUGAAUCCGGUUGUUUUUAACUGUUUCGCCCGCGCAGAGGUAAAUCCCGAAGUUACUUAGAGACAUUCAUCUCCAAAUACAACUUUAGUCUAAGGUUACCGUAUCCAGGACAUUCUGGUACCUUCUUGACUGAAGAGAACCUUCUAUAAUGGUUCGGAUUCUCUUGGAAGCGCUCGACAGCUUUCGGAAAAGAGGGGGCGUUUGCUAUAUAAGCAAACGAAUUGCGUUUCAGUUCAGUUCCAACUUCGAUGCGCUUGACCUGUUAUAAAUGGUACCAGCAUGUAAGAAGGCUACAGCAGGAUAUACGCAGAUCAUUUAGAGUCUGCAGGAGGGGCCAACUGACGACGUGGCGCACUAAUUGGUGCAAUUAAUAGAAAAUGAAUAGUGGAGAUGCGUGAUCUUCCGUCUUCUUACGUGCCGUGAUCAAGUGACCGUACGCACCGAUAUACUCGUAGACGGAAAAUCGAACGCAUCAAACUUUGUUGGUCCACCAAGAAUAUGGUCGCCAUACGAAAAUUAGCCUCAACGCGCUGCAUUACCCUUGAUCAGUCAACCUCUUCCAUUGUUCAAGCUAGCUUUGUUAAACUACCCUGUACAUUCUUUUCUUCCUUAAGUUUGGCAACCCUGCCGUUACCUAGCAACCUUAUUUUUUACUCGUAUCUAGCAACCAAACAUCUGAAUUUUGAAAGAUGGACGAAAUUCCCGAUAUUCCAGUUGCGAUCAACAACGAGCUGGAAAGACGCAUAGCGGACGUCUUCGAGGCGUUCGAUCACAGCGGCAAUAAAACGAUCGACAUCAGAGAAGUGGGGACGGUGGUGCGCGCCCUCGGCUGCUGCCCGUCCGAGGCGGAAAUUCAGGAGAUCCUGCUGGCGAUCGAAGAUCCGACGAUGCCCGGCUGCAUUCACCUCUCGAAGUUUCUGCCUCACGUCGCGCAAAUGAUUACGGAACACAGGUACGAGCCGGCCUCCCCCGCGAAACUUCUCGAGGCGUUUCAAGUGCUCGACCCCGAAAACAAGGGGAGCAUCACCAGGGAUUACAUCUCGAUUCUGAUGACGCAGGACGGCGAGCCGUUCUCGCAGGAGGAGCUCGACGAGAUGCUGGAGAUCGCCAUCGAUCCGCAAACGAACACGGUACCCUACGAGUAUUACUUAAACAAGCUCAUGGUCGACUAGUACUUACGAUGUGCAUCAGACCGUCUUGCACCGAGUGAUCCCUGGAGAACACCAGACUGCUUUUCAGUCCUUGGACGGCGACCGGACUAUUUUUCGCAAUCGUCUCGGCCACCUCCAUAACGGAACUCAUCAUGCUGCACGUAAACGUAACGGAAUUAUUACGCGCUAUUCAGCAAUAAAUAUGCAGAUCAAGCAGGUACAGUUUAGAUAAGGACCCAAUACUAUUCCCGUUUAUUUGAAAUUUAAAAAAACCUUGAAUUGCGAUUCUGCCUCGCUCUCGCCCCGCCCAGGGUCACUAUCAGAUCUUUAUAUUAAACCUUGAACCAGAGAGACCUUGAUCGCCCUAAUUUGAUUGAGAAAACAGUUAAAUGCUGUGGUAGAGAAAAAGACACUUGGCGCCAUUAUUAAUGCGCACGUGUUAAAAGAAAUGGAUUGCGCAUGCGCACAGCCAACUUUCGUAUUUGUGAAUUGCGCAUGCGCAGCACAGAACAUUUUUUCGAAGGUCAUCACCGGUAUGCGUAUAACCAAAGUUAACCCCUCCUUAAAAAGUUAGCAACGAUACGACAAAAAUAACGUGCACACAGUCUGUAUCGGUAAUCAAAUAUCAAUGUUUGACGCCCCAAAAAGGUCACUUAGAGACCUUAAAUCUGCGACAAACUUUCACACUCACUAAAAUCUCGUAUUUUAACGUGGAUUUUGGCAAAAAACAGAAUUAGUACAUUUUUGACGAAAUUUAUCUAAAAAAUUAUGAUGUAAUGCACUUACUUUACUUAAGGGAUAGUUCUGUUUCUUUAGGAAUAUCACCUAUACAGAUUGACAAAAUUGACAUCUAAGCCAGAGAAAGAUCAAUUAGAGACGUCUAAUCUCUGUCAAACAUCUGCACUCACUAAUUUUUAAUUUGGUCUUCAUAACACAUACGCUCGGCUCCUGCGGCUUCACCGCCUCACCUCGCUCCGAUUGAAUAUCUGUAAGAUCGUCGAUAACAGGUACUCUUUUAUUGUUCCUAAUCUAAAAACAAUAACAAGAAAGUCGUCUAUUGUGCAUGCGCAGUACCAUUUGCCCCCUUUCAUUUUGUUUACUUUUAUUAGGGGACCUACCACAAAAAUUUAGUUAAAAUUGCUCCAAAAAUAAGAAAGUUACGUUUUACGCAAGCGCAGUACGAUUUAUUGCGCAUGCUUUUAUUAGAGGGAGAUACCGUAGGUGUAGAUACCGUAGGUGUACGAGGAGGGAUCAUAAGAAAAAAGUUUCAAUUAUGAUUUAUUGAUAUUUGAGCUAGCAACAAUAUCAAAAAUGUGCAAAAAAUAAUGGAAGCCAACUGAUCUAGGCGUUUUACGUUUAACUUCAAACAAGUAACAAGGUGUUCGCCCUAAGACGAGUAACUUUAGCGCAUUGUCCAUGCAUUGAUCAGUACUUUCCAAAAGGCCAUAAGCAUGUACGCUGUAUUUUUCUUUACUAGAAGCAUCUAUGGUUAAAAUUUCAAAGAAAUAUCUUCAUAAAUGAGGAAGUUAGCAUGGCGCAUGCGCACAUCUGAUUUUACAAUAUGCGAUAUGUUUGCCUUUACUAGAAGCAUCUGUGGUUAAAAUUCAAAAAAUACUCAAUAAAGUUGACAUUCCGCAGACUACGCAUGCGCACAUGAAUCGUCAAGCUUUUUUUUGCUCAGGUGCCAGAGCUAUAAGCUACCAAAUUCAAACGGAACGAUGUAAAUGUAUUGGCCAGUGUAGGAGUAAUUAACUCCUCGGCCGACCGGUCAGAGAAAGUGCCUGCAAUAGCUCGCCCAACUUCGUUGGAAAAUGGGUUGAAAAUGUGUAGGAAUGCGUCCGAAAUUUUAAGACAAAUGAUUCAGAUAUGUAUAAGUAUUGAAAAUGUGUAGAAAAUUGAAAUUGCAGAAACUGCUAAAUUUUUCUUUAAUUUUGUGUAAAAAAUUCUGUAAGAUAUUACAAAAAUGUUUCAAAAAUCUUUGAAAAAUGCUUCGGGAAUUUUGGAACCGUUUCAUAAACAUGGGAAAUAUGUGCGAAAUUAUAUGAAUGUUGCAAAUCUUGGGGAAAUGUUAAAACCAUUUUUAAAGAAUUGUAGACAGUCGGAAAAAUCGCAAAAAAAUCAUAGAAAUGUUGGAAAAAUAAAGAAACAUUUUUCAAAAAAUUUUGGAAUGUAAAAAAAUUAAGAAAUAUUGAUGAUGGAAAUAUAAAGGUCUCGAGGAAAUUUUGGUAGUGUUUCAAAAAUGUGUAGUACAUUCUGGAAAUGUCGCAAAAAUGUGUCGACAUUGUGGAACUGCUUCCCAAAUUAUGCAAAAUUUGCAAAAAAUAAUAAAAAUGUGUUCCUGUUGCCCUUGAGAUUGAAAAAGUUAUCCUUAAAUGUUAUCCUCUGCAAAAAGUUCCUCCAAAACGUUACUCGCACAUUCUCGUUGGGUUCAAAAUGAAGGCUCCAGAGGGCAUUUCGAAAAAGGUUUUUCGUAUUUUUCAUUUUUGUUCUGCAUUUUUCUCAAAGAUCACACUUUGUAACGAAAAUUGUGAAAUACAAAAAUGUUGCUUCUUUAUGAACCCUACAAAAGAAGGCAGACAGAAAUAUCAACAGGGCAGAGAUAAACAACUGUCUCUUCGCUCUUCUCUUGUAGUGACCUUGGAAAGUAGGUUAGCGUAAAGUAUGGUUAAUGAACUGCUCCAUUUUUUUUAGUUUCAUCUUUUUCUCCUACAACGUCAACGUAAAGCGCAAUGAUCUAUCGGCUUUAAAGGUCAAUAACCCCAUUUUUGUGGCAACAUUUCAUUUUCAAGGUCAUCUAUGGUGUAUGUCCUACUUUCUGUGGUGUUUUUUUUUAAUUUUUAAGUAAUUUUUAAGUAAUUCAUCGCGUCCAUGUUUGUGUUCCUGUUCGCGUUUACGUUUGGGUUCGCGUUUACGUGUGGAUUGGCGUCCACGUUUGGAUUCGCUUUCGCGCUUGGUUUGUUUGUUGACCUUGAAGAUGAAAUAUAUCACAAAAAAUGAAUUCCUUAGUGUUACCAAAAAUAUAAACCUGAACCCAUACGUAAACGCGAACCCUAAACGUGGACGCGGUGAAUUACUUAAUAAUAAAAAAUGAGGACAUUGUCUGUGAUGACCUUGAAAAUGAGGUCCUUGACUUUUAGGGGCGAUCACCUGAGCUUUGCCGAGACAGAAAGAGAGCGAGAGGCACACGGUUUUAUAAAUAGAUCAAGAUCUGUGUAGCAAAACAUCAUAGAGCCAAUUUUCAGUAUUAGACACGUACUCUACAGCUAUUUCUGUGUCUGACAGGCGCUUGAGAACUCUAAAAGAUUUGUAAAGGCUAUAGGGGGCCCCAAAGAAAUCAGAUAGACACUGGUUUAAAUGCCCUUAAACCUACUGAAGACUGUUACAUUCUCUGAAAGUUUCUAAAAGAUGCAUGGAGGAGAUUGGAGACAGUUGAAACCCCUAAAUACCCGUGAAAACUCAUGAGACCUGGUAAAGGCUAAUUUUUAAAAACUUCAAAAACAGUGGCUCUUGCAAACUAUUUGCUACUCUUACAGACUCUUUAAGACUCAUGAAACAUUUUAAAGACUCUUAGAUGCUUGAAACAUUGAACGCCUUGUAGAGAUACUAAAUAGCAGGCACCGGAGACUCUUUGAGGCUAUAAGCGACUCGUAAUAGCUCUCAGAGACUUUGCAAUGCUCUUCACGGUUUGGCCUUCAAACACUAACACCUCUGAAAUGCCUCGGGUAGGUUUUGAAAAUUGUUGGCAGAUUUUUAAAGGCUCCAUUUCUGAAGUUUAGGUUCUUAAACUCCCCUUAGGACUCUCAAAGGCUCACAAAAACUUUUAAAGGCCCAUCUAUCAAAGAAAAGAGAAAAUCUCAAGGACUUCCUGAAACUGUUUGAAGAGUCUUAAAGGCUCAUGACAAAUCUCUUAAAGCUUAGUAAGGAUUUUUCAAGUCUCUUAAGCCUUUCAAAAACCCAUUAAAGGUUCCCUAACCGUCUAGAAGACCCAUGGACACUUUAAAACCUUGGGAGACUGUUGGGUUUGUGAAGACUUGAAACCUUUAAAGGUACUUAGAAACUAGUUACGAACCUUUAAGGGCAGAGCCUUUAAAGAUAUUUAUUUUUGAGAGUGUUUAAGAAUUCCCUUUAGAUAAUAGACUUAGAAUUUAAUGGUCUUAGAGUGAUUGAAGGCCAAACCUUCGAGACCUUAAAAGGUUCAACACUAUUUGGGUAGGAUUCAAAAUAAGCGUUUUGUAAAAGUUUGCGGUUUUUUAAAAGAAAUUUUCAUUUUUCUCGAAUACAGAAAACGUAGCGAAAAAUGUCAAUCGAAAAAGACGAGCUCCACAAAAGGAGUUCAAAAUAAAGGCACCAGAGGGCGUUUGUAAAUCUAUAUUUUAAAAUAAAAAAUUAUCCAAGGACAGUUCUUAACUGUGCCGCCAUACUUCUCGCCAUUAUAUUUUGGGAAUGAUGCUGUGGUUCAUAGUUCACAGUACUUAAGAUACAGUCAUCUGAUCUGCAUUAUAUCUCCGGUUGCGAUUGUAUUAUAUUUCAGAGGCGAGGUAGAAUUGCAAAUUUUGUGAGUUAAAGAUUCAAUCCUUAAGGUCUCAAUUUCAAGUAAAAAUUCUGCAAACUGGAUUUGAAAUUCAUGCUUAAAGCUUAAAAACUAAAGCUGGCUUUGACAUUUAUUGCUGAAGAGUUGUUGCUAGCUUCACACCAGUCGAACUCACCUGUCCUUAUCAUCAAAAACUUUCGACACCAAACCAAUCCUCUGCGCCUCAUCCGCAUACACCUUCCGACCGGUAUAGCAAAUUUCACGUACCGUUCCUUCUGCCCCCACAACCUUCGGUAACCUCUGAACGGCACCGACAUCGCACGUCAUUCCCAGCAACACCUAAACAGUUCUUGUAUUUAAUUUUCGAAUAAACAUUCGCAUAGUA